AUGAAUAUACAGGGUAUAAUUAACAGUUUCUUUUUACUCUUGCCAAUUACUCUUGCAAUAACUUCGGAUUAUGUUUUUGAGUUUGGCGUCGAUCAAGGCAACGUCAUUUAUAACAAAGAUGGCACAAUAUUUUUUUUGAAUCCAGUGACAUCUGUUGAAAUUCCAGUACCCGAAGGCGUUUCCGUUACGUACGUUAAAGUUACUGUUAACGCCCUAUCGCCUCCUAAAGUGGACUAUGAUAAUUUAUACCACAAAGUCAACGUGGGUAUAAGAUCCAAGAAGGGCAGUGAAAUUGAAACCGUAGGUGCUCGUGUAGAAGGAGACGUCUUAUCCUAUCAUUUUAAAUCGUACAUUCCCGUUUUCCGUAAAAUUCAAUAUGUGAUUGUAAAACCUCAAAGAAAGGACGUUGAAAAUAACUUUACGUACUUAAAAGUUGAAUACGUAAAUAAGAUUACAGCUAUAGUUGUUUUAUACAAUGCCACUAAGCAAAUUGUACUGUUCGGAUUGAGAUAUCCAUUUAUCCGAACCCCGUAUGAAAUAACCGGAUACUCCAGACUUCUAAAUUCUACUUCUAAACCUCUUAAUGAGACUAGUCUUCUAAAUUCUACUUCUAAACCUGAUGAUGAGACUAGUCUUCUAAAUUCUACUUCUAAACCUCUUAAUCAGACUAUACGUAGUUUCAAGUGGGAUCUACCAAAUCUGUAUGAUCUAAUAAAAGAUUUAAUAUAUUGA